AUGUCAUUCUCCAAUCUAGUCUCUGAUAUUGCUUUCCGGGAUUCCAAUGCGGAUGAGCGGGGCUCGCAGAUUUCGCAUGCUCAAUCCCGCACUGCUCGUUCCUACACCAGUACUACCGCCACGAGUGUCAGCAUCUCCGGUGACAUUUCUAGCCAGCUUCAUGCUGGAUACAGCCACCCGCUAAGUCGAUCAUGGCAGGCGGAGAGACAGUUAACCAAGGAAAUGCUCAUCUACCCGUUGUUCAUCACCGACAACCCUGACGAAGAGACCCCAAUUCCGUCAUUGCCCAAUCAGUACCGCCGUGGUGUCAAUCGCCUCGUCCCUUUCCUGGCCCCUUUAGUCCGAAAGGGCCUUCGCUCGGUCAUGCUCUUUGGUGUUCCCUUGCACCCCUCCGCAAAGGAUGCCCUUGGAACGGCCGCGGAUGAUCCGGCGGGCCCCGUUGUCCAAGCAAUCCGACUGCUGCGAUCUCGACUUCCCCAACUUUACAUCACAACAGAUGUUUGCCUUUGCGAGUACACAUCUCAUGGUCAUUGUGGAAUCCUUCGUGAGGAUGGCACAUUAGACAAUGCGCAAUCCGUGGACCGUAUCUCUGAUGUUGCCUUGGCCUAUGCUGUCGCAGGUGCCCAUUGCGUUGCUCCAUCUGAUAUGAAUGAUGGCAGAGUACGUGGAAUCAAGUUAAAAUUGAUCGAAGCGGGUCUGGCACACCGAGUGCUCUUGAUGUCGUAUAGCGCCAAGUUCAGCGGGUGUCUAUAUGGGCCCUUCCGCGAUGCAGCCGGGUCAUGUCCUUCAUUUGGCGAUCGUCGUUGCUAUCAACUCCCGCCGGGUGGUCGUGGGCUUGCUCGACGGGCAAUCCAGCGCGAUAUGAAGGAAGGUGCGGAUAUCAUCAUGGUCAAGCCGGCCAGUAGCUACCUGGAUAUCAUUCGUGAUGCCAAAGAUCUCGCCCAAGAUCUUCCAGUGGCGGCGUAUCAGGUCAGUGGUGAAUUUGCCAUGAUUCAUGCCGCCGCGAAGGCGGGUGUUUUCGAUCUGAAAGCUAUGGCCUUUGAGAGCACCGAGGGGAUCCUUAGGGCAGGAGCUGGCAUCGUAGUUAGCUACUUCACCCCGGAAUUUCUGGAUUGGCUUUAA